CAGGAAGAUGGAGCGGCUCUCGCUGGGAGAGAAUGCGGCGACUGGGGAGGGCGCCGCGAGAGAGCGGGCUCUCCGCUGGUUUACAGAGACCCAGGCCCCGUUCAUCCUCCAAGAGGGCAGCUUCCCUGCCUGGUUUCAAGGAUGCAUCACAAGAAAGGAUGCUGAAGAUCGGCUGCGUGAUAAACACCUGGGCUGUUUUCUCAUUCGACUCAGUGACAAGGCUACCGGAUACAUCCUCUCCUAUAAAGGCCGUGACCGAUGUCGUCACUUUGUCAUCAACCAGACCAAGGCUGGACAGUUCCUUGUUUCGGGCGACACCGAGCAGCACAACAACCUGAUGGAUCUCAUCGAGUACUACCGGGUCAGCGCCAUCGAGCCCUUCGGAGAGUUCCUCACAUCGUCCUGCUGUGAGUCCUCCGACAGUGACAUCUACGACGUGGUCCAGUCCAACCAGAAAGAGAAAUCGAUUGUCAGUGUCCAGGCCGUGAGGAGUUUUUGGAACCAGCGGGGUGGACUGGCGGCCGGGAAGCCCCCAGCCCUGCCCCCCAAAACUGCCGGGAAACUCACAGCCAGCUCCUCCCUCGAAAAGACCCCUCCUCCGCAGGCAGUACCCCCGGUGCCAAGACGGAAGUCCCCGGUCGAUAAGAGCCCCCUCCCUGACCAGAUGAGGUACUCCAGCCUAGAGGAGACCAGAAUGCAAGACAAAGCUGAGUCCCCCCUAAGCAGCAAAGAGAGCCUGAGCAGUUCAGCAGAAUCCAGGAAGGGGCACAGCGCCCCCAAGUGGGAGGAUCCCUACAGCCUCUCCUGGAAUUUCCCUAGAGCUGCUGAAGCCCAUCUUACAAGCAGGCAGGGCAUGGUGCCCUCAGAGCUGAGCCUGUCAGACUGCCGCAGCAAGUCGCUUCCCAUUCUGGACGACAGCGCAGUGCAGCACGCCACUUCCUGCACCCCCCCGGAUCUGUCGCCGAAACCUGUCAAGAAAGCCACCUGCCACACGAUGUCUCUGGAUGUGACGGAGUGCCUCCGAGAGCCAGCUCCUCUGGCCCAGUCCAGCAGCAACAGCAUGGACAAACUCUCCCAUGGCUCACUGUACCAACUGGCCGGCGCCACCCAGUGGACUCAAGCAGAACUGCGUGAGGCGCCCAUAAAGCAGGAGGAGGAGAACCUGUACGCCCAGGUUCCUGCCGAAGCUUGUCACGUGAUGCCUGACAAACUUUACGAGCAGAUUCCUGACUCGGGAUUUAUGGGAGGGGGCUGCACUCCCCCCUCCCACAACAACACCUACGAGACCUUGGAGGACAUAAAACAGAAAGGGGCCAAAAAGAAUGAUAAAUGGCGAAGAUUUUUCCCAGACCAUAAGAAACACUGAAGAGUGAAUGAAGGAAAGCGUCAACGUUACUGAAAGAACCGCAGAUUAAUAUACGGGGCAGGAUUCCCCGGAUGCAUCCGCCCACCUGGCUUGUCCAAAACGGGACCUUAGCUCAUGGGAACCAAUAUAUUUAAAAUGUACUACUUACAGUACGUCAAAAAAGCUUUGUAAAAACAGAAUUACAAAAAACAGUCAUUUUUACAGCACGGUGUGUGUAGUGUAUUGAUUUCAUUGUCUAAUGAAGUUAGUUUGUCUGUCAAUAUUUGUCAUUUGUUCAUUUCCAUCGCCUUAGAAAUAACAUGUUAAAAAUUGUUGUUCAUAUAUAAUUUAUUCCUAUCUCUUUAAAUAUAGAGGUAACCUUUAUAUAUAUAUAUAUAACCUUUGUUUUUCAAAGGUUAUGGCGUUUUACAUCAUUUCCUGAAUGCAAGCUUGAUAUAACUAUAUGGUAAAAGAUAAUGUUAUUCCUUGGAGUUUAGUAAAAUUAUGUAUAGGGCCUAAGUUAUUUGUUCCUUUUUUGGAUUUUUGAAUUUUUCAGAAAUAUUAAACGUAACAUUUACAUUUUUUACAACAGGCGCGCAGCGCUGCAGUGA